GUCCGAAAGCUUUUAUUGGGUUGAAUGCGCGGGAGUUUUUACCGAAAACUUUGAUCCCGUAAAAAACCAGACGUUCUUCUGUACCCUCUCCGCAAUCUCCUUCUGCUUGGAACCGCCCUUCCUUCCGUUCUCUCUCUCUCACCCUCUACGAGCAAGAGCUGGAGAAACCUGUGCGAGCAAUAGCUACCUCUGAGCGAGCAAUGGCAGCAACCUCUCAAUCAAACAUAUCAAAUGUUUAUAUUUCUCUAUGGCAGAACAUAUCAAAUGUUCUUCUACCCUAUCUUCAAGUUGUUCUUACUGGAGGGCAUUGCACUAGUUGAAGCAGAGACCUUCAUCAUCUGUGAUUGAUUCAAAUGGAAAAUCCUGUUGAUUAUGUUGCAAGAAAGCCUGGCACUGCCCAAACUUUAGCACAGAAGCUUUAUAACAUUCAUUCGAAAAGCCUUCCCUUUGCAGCACCUGAAUCCGAACUAGAGAUAUGCGAAUCCAAACUGGUACAAUGUCUCUUGCGAAUGAUGCAAGGAUAUUCGAGCUUGCUGUUCUACUGGGAAGACAGGGAUAAGAUGUUUUGUAUCAAGAAUGCCAUUCAUGUGAAUCACUUGUCAAAGUCAAGUCUCAACAGUAUUCUUCAUCAGUUUAUUUAUGGGGCUACAUGCUUGCGGCUGGUAGAACUUUUUGUUAAGCAGGUGGAAAACUCUAGUGCACGGUUUCCUCCUACUUUAAAGGCUUUCACAAAUUCUGUUUCUGCAAAACUCAAGAGAUUACGUGGAAUUGCUUUAAAGGUGGAAAAAGAAUCAGCUGGAUCCUCUAAUGAAACUACUCUCACACUCCUGGGAUUGGUGAAGACCUUAUCGAGCGUAUGUUCUGGCGCAGAAUACCUAUUGCAAGUAGUACAUGGAGCAAUUCCUCAUAAUUACUUUGAAUGUACUGUUCCAGCUGGUGAAGUUGCAGUUCAUAUCCUUGACCAUCUCUAUAAGAAAUUAAAUGAAGUUUGUUUGGUGCAAGGUGGUGAGGAGGAAGCAUAUCAUACGCUAUUAGCUUUGUUUGUGGGCAGUUUGCAGCCACUUAUAGAGGGGCUAGAUUCAUGGCUUUAUGAGGGAACUCUGGAUGAUCCAUUUGAGGAGCUUUUCUUUUAUGCCAACAAUUCAAUUGGGGUUGAUGAUGCGACAUUCUGGGAGAAGAGCUAUCUCAUGCGCCCUUUAAGACAGAGAAAAUUGAACUGUGCUCCUAUUUUUGAAGGGAAAUCCCGGGCCUCCAACAAGAGAGGUAUCUCAGAUGCAGAAUCCAAUGUUCUAUCUAUGAGAGAGAAAGAUGGUGAGAAUUACGAAAUUGUGUUUUGCCCUCUUUUUAUACAACGCAUAGCCAAGGCCAUUGUAUCAGCUGGGAAAUCACUUCAGCUGAUCCGCCAUAUUUAUGGACAAUCUAAAAACUCAAUGGCUGGCCCCUCACUUGUUAAAAUAGAUCCACUAGAUGGCCCUACUGCAAUUCAAGAGGAAAUAUCUCAAGGUGAUACAUUUCUUAGAGAAUCAGAUAGUCGUUAUGGAGGGAGGAGUUAUGCUUGGAAGAUGGGGAGGUUGACUUUGUUUGAGAUGUUCUCUGUGUCUCUGGUUGGGCUAAUUGGUGAUGACUGCCACAUAUAUAAAGGCAUUAGUCAUCAAUAUCCAUGGUCCUUUCAAAUAGACCAGCUAUGCGAACUUUUCAUGAACAAAACCGAAUUGGAAGGUGAAAAUGGUGACAGUCAGAGGAAAAACUGGGAGAGUCUCAUAGUGGACAUAAUGUGGCAAAAAGAUCCACAUGUUCACAUCAAAAUGGAACGAUUGAGCUCACAAUGUGAAGUUGAAGAUAUCAAUGGCAAUAUAGAAGACCCACUUCAAAUUCAUUCCUUUUGGCCAGCAAACCCUGCGAUUACUGCAUGUAGAAAUCUGCUUGAUAGGAGCAAGGAAUCUUGGGAUAAACUGAAUGUGUCAAGAAGCUUCUAUCUUCCUCCUCUAAACGAUUGGUGCCUACGAGAGGCUAUUUUUGGUGAUUCAGGUCUUGAAACCAAUAAUGUAGAUGAAUUCACUGAAGGAACUGAAUGUAUCAAGGACAAAGAACGGAUAUCUGAGGCAUUAUUCAGUCAACUAAAGGGUACAAAUUAUAUUCUUGGAUUUGGAAUUGGAAAAUCUGAACACCAUCAUGAACAGAACGACACGAGAACUUUAGAAUCUUUAUUUCCUUUCCCAACUCUUCUUCCUUGCCUUACGGACUACCCCAAUAUAUCUCAACUGUUACCUUACCAGAAAAACAGCACCCUUGCUACAAGAGUUCUUAAUUGGAUUGAGUCCAUAGAGCUAAAGGUAAGACCACUCCCUGUGGUUAUUAUUGAGGAAUGCCUUGGUGUCUACGUAAAAAGGCAGGUGGAUUUUGUGGGAAAGCAUAUCUUGCUGAAGCUUAUGGAUGGCUGGAGGCUGAUGGAUGAACUUGGUCUACUUCGUGCGAUUUACUUGUUUGGUUCUGGUGACCUGCUGCAGCAGCUCUUGACUGUGCUUUUUGAUAAGCUAGAUAGAGGGGAGUAUUGGGAUGACGACUUUGAAUUAAACACAUUACUACAGGAGUCCAUACGGAACUCUGCUGAUGGGAUGCUUUUAAGUAUCCCUGAUUCCUUAGUUGUCACUAUCUCUAAGCAUCCAGCUCGUGAUGGUGAACAUGCUCUAAGCCCCGUUUCAACCCCAAAGAGUAGCCGCAACCACUCUUUUGGCAUUGGUGCCCUUGAUCCUCUUCAAUUUACAUACAAAGUGUCUUGGCCCCUUGAGCUCAUAGCUAAUCAAGAGGCUAUUAAGAAGUAUAACCAGGUUAUGAAUUUCCUAAUGAAGGUGAAGCGUGCAAAGUUUGUUCUUGAUAAGGCUCGAAGGUGGACAUGGAAGGAUAGAGGUGCUACAAACAUAAACCAGAAGCGCCACUUGUUACUGGAGCAGAAGCUUCUCCAUUUUGUGGAUGCAUUUCACCAGUAUGUCAUGGACAGGGUGCUUCAUAGUGCAUGGCUUGAGCUCUGUGAGGGCAUGGCAUCUGCAGGUUCACUCGACGAGGUCAUAGAAGUGCAUGAAUCCUAUAUACUCUCUGUCCAGAGGCAAUGCUUUGUUGCCCCUGACAAGCUGUGGGCCAUGAUUGCGAGCCGGAUUAGGAGCAUACUUGGGCUGGCUCUCGAUUUCCACUCCAUACAGCACACUUUGUGCAGCGGUGGGGCUGCUCCUGCUAUAAAGGCCAGGUGCGAGUUGGAGGUUGAUCGAGUCGAGAGACAAUUUGAUGAAUGCAUUGCAUUUCUUCUCCGGGUAUUGUCCUUCAAGCUCAAUGUGGGGCACUUCCCUCAUUUGGUGGACUUGGUAACCAGAAUCAAUUACAAUUACUUCUAUAUGUCUGAUACCGGCAACUUGCUCACGAUGCCUACUUCUGAUGUUUCUACAUCCAAACCUGGUCAACCGAACCGGAAGAAUCCUCCCUCCCAUAAUUGAAAGAAAGAUCUCAUAAUGAAUUAUUUGUGUUGUAUUCGCUAUUAAGUUAUUAUAAAAAAGCCCCUUAUUGUAUAGCUUGUGCCUAGCUUAGCAAAUUAUUUUUAAUCAUUAGAUGUCAAAUUGGAUGGUUUGGGAUGUCUUUUUUUUUUGACCCGAGUCUAGUUAAUUAUACUCCACAACUAUCUGAUUUGAAAUUUGACGGACAAAAAUGACUAUGACAAAAAUGACUAUGACGUUGAAUUAAAAGUAAA